AUGAAUACAUGGGGUCCAUGAAGACCAACUAUAGCUGGGGCCUUUUCUUAAUAGGAAAUGCUCCGCUAUAGAUUUCAAGAAAAACCAAAAAGCAACCGGCCACUACUCUCUCGGCUCUCUCACAAUCACCACCAAAGCAGAACAAAAACAAAAGAGAAGGCAGGCCAGAUUAAGGAAAAAAAACAAAACAACUGAAAAAAUGUUGAGAAGGCUUCAGUUAUACUCCACUCGCCAAACCGUCUUGGCUCUGAAACUUUCUUCUCUUUUCUUUCUCUUAUUUUGUCUUAGUAGCCAUGGAUAUCCCAUCAACGUGUUCAUCUAUGCAGGCUGCUCUCAAGAAAAAUCCCAACCCAAUUCACCCUUUGAAGGAAACCUCAACUCUUUUCUAACAUCGGUUGUUAGCUCGUCUUCUCAAGUGUCUUACAACAGCUUCGCUGUAGGAAAUGGAAGUUCUACCUCCCCGGAAGGCACCAUAUAUGGCUUAUACCAGUGCAGGGGAGAUUUGAAGAUUUUUGACUGUUCGAAAUGCAUUGAAAGUGCAGCUAAUCAAAUAGGAUUAGUCUGCCCAUAUUCUUAUGGCGCUUCUUUGCAACUCGAGGGCUGCUACGUAAGAUACGAGCAUGUUGAUUUCUUGGGGAAGCUUGACACAAGUCUUACGCAUACUAAGUGCAGUAAAAGUGUAAGCGAUGAUGUUGAGUUCUUUAGGCGUAGAGAUGAUGUUCUUGCUGACUUGCAAGGGGCAAUUGGCUUUCGAGUCAGCAGUUCAGGAUUAGUACAAGGUUUUGCGCAGUGUGCGGGGGAUUUGAACCCAACUGAUUGCGCUUCUUGCCUUGCGGAUGCUGUUGGAAAGUUGAAGAAUGUAUGUGGAUCAGCUGCCGCAGCCGACGUGUUUUUGGCGCAGUGUUAUGCUCGGUACUGGGCUUCUGGCUACUAUAAUUCUGCUUCAGAUUCCUCUAACGAGGAUCAAGCGGGGAAAACAGUAGCAAUUAUUGUUGGGGUACUAGCAGGUGUAGCCGUUCUGAUCGUUCUUCUCUCAAUUUGCCGAAGAACAAUGGGUUAAGGAAAUAUAUAGAUCAAGAUGAGCUUAAUUCCUUAAUUUGAUCCGUAAGUAGAAGCUGGUCAUGGUUUAAAAGGUUUGCAAAUGUUUGUUCUGAUACUCUUGUAACAGCUUAUAAGUCAAUAUUGUACUUUUCUCGUAAUUUUCAUACAAAA